CUGUAUUUUCCUUUCGAUUCCCGGAAAAUGUCACUAGGUUCUGCUUUCUAGCUUGCGUUUUCUCGGGAAUCUGAAGUUUUUUUUUUUUGUUUUUUGUGUUGAAUCGCUGGAAAAAAUCUGAUGGAAGCAGCUUCAAGUUUCUUGUGUAGAAGUAUUCGGAUUCCGUCGACUACAACGGCGACGGCGGCGUUUACGUUUACUCGACCGUCGGUGAAUUACGUUUGUGUGGUCUCCGAUAAGAGAGAUGGUGGAGUUCGUGUUUUCCCGACGCGGAAGGUCUUUUGCAGCGGCGUUAAUGGCGGUUCUAGUUCCAGUGCUACUAAGAAGAAGCCUCGAAGGAAAAGUAAUGUUUCCGAUAAACUUAGGUCUAAGAAAAUUGAGAAGAGGAAUGAUAAUUUUGAAUCUGUGAGUUUAAGUAGUGAAAUUGUUGUUGAGGAGGUUAAGGAGGAAGAUGAGAAACCGAAGAGCGAUAAAGAAUUGAGUCUUCGUGCUUUGAAUCAAAAUGGUGAUCCAUUAGGGCGGAGAGAUUUAGGGAGGAAUGUAGUGAAGUGGAUUAGUCAGGCUAUGAAGGCGAUGGCUUCGGAUUUCGCUAAUGCGGAGGUUCAGGGGGAGUUUUCGGAGUUGAGGCAGAACGUUGGAUCUGGAUUGACGUUUGUGAUUCAGGCUCAGCCGUAUCUCAAUGCUAUUCCUAUGCCAUUAGGUUCUGAAGUCAUUUGUUUGAAGGCUUGUACCCAUUAUCCUACCUUGUUUGAUCAUUUCCAGAGAGAGUUGCGUGAUGUUCUUCAAGACCUGGAGCGGAAGAAUAUAAUGGAGAAUUGGAAGGAGACUGAGUCUUGGAAGCUGCUCAAGGAGAUAGCUAAUUCAGCUCAGCAUCGGGAGGUUGCUCGCAAAGCUGCUCAAGCAAAGCCUGUUCAAGGAGUGUUUGGAAUGGACUCAGAGAAGGUGAAAGCUAUACAGGCAAGGAUUGAUGAGUUCACCAGCCAGAUGUCGCAGUUACUUCAAGUGGAACGAGAUACAGAACUGGAAGUUACACAGGAAGAACUAGAUGUUAUCCCUACUCCAGAUGAGAGCUCUGAUUCUUCAAAACCGAUUGAGUUCUUGGUUAGGCACGGUGAUGCUCCACAGGAACUUUGUGAUACAAUUUGCAAUUUGUAUGCAGUUAGUACCUCCACAGGGCUCGGAGGUAUGCACUUGGUGUUGUUUAAGGUUGGGGGAAACCACCGUCUUCCUCCUACUACACUUUCCCCUGGUGACAUGGUUUGCAUAAGAGUUUGUGACAGUAGGGGUGCUGGAGCAACUGCCUGUACGCAGGGCUUUGUUCACAACCUUGGAGAAGAUGGGUGUAGCAUUGGUGUGGCUCUAGAAUCUCGUCAUGGAGAUCCUACUUUUUCCAAGCUCUUUGGAAAGAGUGUGAGAAUUGAUCGUAUUCAUGGGUUGGCCGAUGCCCUAACUUACGAGCGUAACUGCGAAGCCCUAAUGCUUCUGCAGAAGAAUGGUCUGCAGAAGAAAAAUCCAUCAAUAUCUGUUGUGGCGACUUUAUUUGGGGAUGGGGAAGAUAUAACAUGGCUGGAGCAAAAUGAUUAUGUAGACUGGAGUGAAGCAGAGUUGAGUGAUGAGCCAGUGAGUAAGUUAUUUGAUUCUUCCCAAAGGAGAGCCAUAGCUCUUGGAGUAAACAAAAAAAGACCUGUAAUGAUAGUUCAAGGACCUCCUGGCACGGGAAAGACUGGAAUGCUUAAGGAGGUCAUUACCCUUGCUGUUCAGCAGGGGGAAAGAGUACUUGUAACAGCACCUACUAAUGCAGCUGUUGAUAAUAUGGUCGAGAAGCUCUUGCAUCUUGGACUAAACAUUGUCCGAGUAGGAAAUCCUGCAAGAAUAUCAUCUGCCGUUGCUUCAAAGUCUUUGGGGGAAAUUGUGAACUCUAAGCUUGCAAGCUUCCGAGCAGAGUUGGAAAGGAAGAAGUCAGAUUUAAGAAAAGACCUUCGGCAAUGCCUGAGGGAUGAUGUUCUUGCAGCUGGCAUUCGGCAGCUCUUGAAACAGCUUGGAAAGACGCUGAAGAAGAAGGAAAAGGAGACCGUGAAGGAAAUACUAUCAAAUGCACAGGUUGUUUUUGCCACUAACAUUGGAGCAGCUGAUCCUUUGAUUAGGAGGCUAGAAACAUUUGAUUUGGUUGUUAUAGAUGAAGCUGGUCAGUCUAUCGAGCCUUCAUGCUGGAUCCCAAUAUUGCAAGGGAAACGUUGUAUUCUUUCCGGUGAUCCAUGCCAAUUAGCACCUGUUGUUCUAUCUCAUAAAGCUUUAGAAGGUGGGCUUGGUGUAUCCUUACUGGAAAGAGCUGCAUCUUUACAUGAUGGAGUUCUUGCGACAAAACUAACAACUCAGUAUCGUAUGAAUGAUGUAAUCGCUGGUUGGGCAUCAAAGGAGAUGUAUGGUGGAUGGUUGAAAUCUGCUCCAAGUGUGGCCUCUCAUCUGCUUAUCGAUUCUCCGUUUGUGAAGCCUACUUGGAUAACACAAUGCCCACUGGUUCUGCUUGACACAAGAAUGCCAUAUGGGAGUUUAUCAAUGGGCUGCGAGGAGCGUCUUGAUCCAGCUGGUACAGGCUCAUUAUACAAUGAAGGAGAAGCAGAUAUUGUGGUUAAUCACGUCAUUUCUUUGAUAUAUGCAGGUGUUAGUCCAAUGGCUAUUGCUGUUCAAUCCCCAUAUGUUGCUCAGGUUCAACUUCUCAGAGAAAGGCUGGAUGAUUUUCCAGUGGCUGAUGGAGUUGAGGUCGCAACCAUUGACAGCUUUCAAGGGCGGGAGGCUGAUGCUGUGAUCAUCUCAAUGGUACGGUCAAACAACCUAGGUGCAGUGGGAUUCCUAGGGGAUAGCAGACGGAUGAACGUAGCCAUAACAAGAGCCCGGAAGCACGUGGCAGUGGUAUGCGAUAGCUCCACAAUCUGCCACAACACGUUCCUUGCAAGACUGUUGCGUCACAUACGCUAUUUCGGGAGAGUAAAGCAUGCAGACCCUGGUAGCUUGGGAGGGUCAGGACUAGGCUUGGACCCAAUGUUGCCUUACCUUGGCUAAAACCGCUGUAAGUACUACAAAAACCAUAAUAUUCUUCUUACUCUCUCUCUCUCUCCCUCUCUGUAAGAAACAGUUUCCAUAGCGAAUUGUCGUUGUACAGAAAAAGAUCUGUUUCAAUUGUUACCACAGAAAAUAGCCUCUGUAUAUGAUGAUGACAAGAUAAUUCAUGUAUAUUUUUACAAUUGGUUUCUGAGGUUGAAUUGUCCAAAAGUUAAAAGUCUAAUCAACGUACUUUUUGUUA